AUGUCCCGUCUCAUCGUUAAGGGCUUGCCCACCUACAUCACACCAGAUCGUCUCAAGGAAUACUUCUCUCAAUCCAAAGGCCCAGGGGGAACCAUCACUGACGUUAAAGUCGCACACAAGCAAGACGGCACGUCUCGACGCUUCGGCUUCGUGGGCUACAAGACCGACGCAGAAGCUGCCAAAGCUAAGGAAUGGUUUGACAAGACAUUCCUUGAUACGGCGCGGGUGAGGGUCGACGUUGUCGACGGAGCGAAAGAUGCACCUGCUCCGAGACCUAAUAAGCGUCCACGGCUAGGUCCUUCGCCCUCUGAAGCUGCGUCCGAGGCUGCUCUUGGACCGAAGACUAACGCGAAGAAGAGCUCGAAGUCGAAAGAUUCGCAGCUCGACGAGUUCUUGCAGGUCAUGCAGCCUAGAUCGAGGAAGGGUCCGUCGUGGGCAGACGCACCUGAGGCUCCCGAAGAUACUGCAACGCAGUCGAAGAAGAGUGAUCGUCAGGCCAAGUCUGACGUUGAGAAGUCACAGCCUGUUGAAGAGGAACCGCCGGAGGGUAUGUCGGACAUGGAGUGGUUGCGGGCGAGGAUGAGGCAGGACGUUGAGACUGCUGUUCCGGAGAAGGCGUUCGAGCAGUCGGAUGACGAGGAGAUGGAUACGGGGGAGGCUCUUGUUCCGGAGCAGAAGGAAGAAGAACGGUCAGACCCUACGAAGGAGACCAUUCUCCAGACUGCUCGACUCUUCGUCCGGAAUUUGGCCUUCGCUUGCACGGAAGAUGAGCUGCGAGAGCUAUUCCGACCGUUUGGCGAAAUAUCUCAGAUUCAUAUACCAAUCGACCCGAAGACGAAGCAACCGAAGGGAUUAGCCUAUGUCUCGUUUGUGCAACCCACCGCCGCUCUCGCUGCCUACGAAACGCUAGACAGGAAAUCUUUUCAAGGCAGGCUUCUGCACAUCCUGGGCGCAGUCGACAGGAAGGGCAAUAUCGCGGUCGAGGAUGCGGAUGGUAAGAAGAAAUCCUUAAAGGAUGAACGGGGUGAGAAGAAGAAGGCGACCGCCGGCAAGGAGUUCAACUGGAGUAUGCUUUAUAUGAACAGCGAUGCCGUCCUCUCAUCCGUAGCCGAUCGCAUGAACCUCUCCAAGUCCGACAUCCUUGACCCCGAAUCACCCAACGCAGCCGUCAAACUCGCACUCGCCGAAACUCACGUCAUCUCCGAAACAAAAGCCUACCUCGAAUCCCAAGGUGUCAUCCUCUCUUCCUUCUCCGACUCCUCAUCUACCCCCACUACCCGCACUCAUCGCUCCGAUACCACCAUCCUCGUGAAGAACAUCCCUUAUGGUACUACCGCCGACCAAAUCCGCGAGAUGUUCGAGACUCAUGGCGAGUUGAGUCGGGUGCUGGUACCGCCAGCGGGUACGAUGGCUGUCGUUGAGUUCGUGCAUCCGGAUGAGGCGAGGAAGGCGUUUAGGGCGGUGGCAUAUCGGAGAUUGGGGAAUUCGGUGAUCUAUUUGGAGAAGGGGCCGGCGGGUAUGUUCCAGGAGCCUGCUGAGCCUGCGCAGGGCACGAAAGUCGCGGACGGAGUCAAGCCAGUCACUGUUGAGGACGAUGCUACCGGCAGUGCUAUCAGAAUCAGUGCAGACGAGGAGGAGCCCUCAAUGGCGGCAGGGUCGACACUCUUCGUCAAGAAUCUGGCGUUCUCAACCACAGCAGAGCGCUUGAACCAGGUCUUCAAGCACUUGCCCUCUUUCGCGUUCGCUCGUAUUCAGACGAAGCCGGACCCGAAGAGACCGAACGCGAGGUUGAGCAUGGGGUACGGGUUCGUUGGGUUCAAGACGACGGAAGGCGCGAAGAAAGCGUUGAAGGGCAUGCAGGGGUAUGUGCUCGAUGGGCAUGCUCUCAGCGUGAAGUUUGCGGGUAGAGGCGUCGAGGAAGAUGAGGCCGCUGGAGGGGAGGGUGCGAAAAAAGGAGGAAAGAGUAGAACGACGAAGAUGUUGGUCAAGAAUGUACCAUUCGAGGCUACGAAGAAGGAGAUCCGGGAAUUGUUUGGAUCUCAUGGCCAGCUCAAGUCCGUUCGUGUUCCCAAACGCUUCGAUCACCGCACUCGCGGGUUUGCUUUCCUCGAAUUCGUCACUCGCCAAGAAGCCGAGAACGCGUACAAUGCGCUUAAGCAUACGCAUUUAUUGGGUAGGCAUCUCGUGUUGGAGUGGGCUGAGGAGGGUGAUAUGGAUGUAGAGGAGUUGAGGAAGAAGGCGGGCGUAGGGUUUGGAGAGGGGAAGGAGUUGCCGGGACGGAAGAGGAAGAUUGUGAUUGGAGGGGACGAGGAUGGAGGCGUGGAGGACGCGGAGGCUUGAAAUUGGUGUUGAGAUCACAGAUCGAUAGCACGCGGAUUCGAGUCGAUAUGGAUAUGUGCGA